GACAGCAGCAACUGCACCACAUCCCACAGCAGUCGAGACAGGGACAGGGAGAGGGAGCGGGAGCGAGAACGCGAUCGCUUGUGUCGCACUCCGCCCGAUUCCCCGCCAGACUCCGCACGCAGUCUCGCCCCUCGGUCCCCACACUCACCGCUGCAGCUGCACCAUCGACCGCAGCGCAAUGCGAGUGUCUCCCCGGUGGUCAACGGCGGAGUUGGCUCCUCGGGCACCUCGCCCACUCCGGGUGCCCAGCAUGCCGCCUCGCUGGCAGCCGCAGCCGCCGCCGCAGCAGCCGCUCACGUGGAGCAGGCACGACUCGUGGCCAAGUUGCGCAAGUUCCUCGGCGCUCUGGUGCACUUCUCGCAGGAUCUCGGCCAGCCGGAGGUGUGCGAGCGCGUGCGUGCGCUGGUCCUGUCGCUCUGCUGCGGCACCAUCUCGCUGGAGGAGUUCCGCCUGGCGCUGCAGGAGGCCAUCAACCUGCCGCUGCGACCCUACGUCAUGCCGCUGCUGAAGAACAGCGUGACGCUGAUGCAGCGCGAGAUCCUGGCCCUGGCCCGGGCCACCAACCAGUCCGCGCUGCAGUACGUGACCAACAACGAGCCGGCGGUGAUGGAAUUUGGCGCGGAGUUUGGCGACAUCUUCGUGCAGCUGGAGGCGCCCACAGCGAACGGCAGCGCUGUCUUCAAGCGUCGCUCCUCGGACUCCAUGAUGGAGCACGGCGGCCACAACGGACUGCACGAGUGGAGCGAGUACAUGGCCAGCGGCGGGGGUGUGUCUGCCUCCGGAUAUCCCCCACCGCCCAACAAGCGCAUGGCCAUGCAUCCCGCCCACUCGGUCAUGGCCUACGGCGACUACACCGUCUCGGUGGCUGAGGGUCUGCCCUCGGCGGCUGGUUUCAUGCAACGCGACGAGCGGGAGCUGCGCCAUCCGGCUCCACCACAGCGUGCCGCCAAUCCCAAUCCCAAUCCCAAUCCGAAUCCCCAAGCCAAUCCCAAUGCCAACCCGAAUGCUGCCGCUGGUGGUGGGGCUGCCGGCGGCGAGGAAGAGUGGAAAAACAUUCACACAAUGCUCAACUGCAUCUCGGCCAUGGUGGACAAGACGAAGCGGGCCAUCACGAUCCUCCAGCAGCGUGGCAUCGAGCCGCAGCAUCCCAACAGCGGGCAGGAGAUAACGCCAGCGGCACUCGCCGAACUGCGCCGCCAGACCGAGGAGAAAGUCUCCGAAUUCAAGCGGAAUGCCGAGGAUGCAGUCACCCAGGUCAAGCGACAGGCGGUCAUCGAGAUCCAGCGAGCUGUGGUGGCUGCCGAGACGCGGGCCGCAGAGAUCAUGACCCAGGAGCGGCUGCGCAUGGAGAAGUUCUUCAUGGAAAUGAGUCGCCACUCGAGCGGCGAGCGGGAGAUGGACAACAAGUCGCCGUCGAUCACCACGGCCCAGAAUAACGGGACACUGCAGCAGCAGUGCUGGAACUGCGGUCGCAAGGCCACCGAAACCUGCUCGGGCUGCAACAUGGCUCGCUACUGCAGCGCCUCGUGCCAAUACAGAGACUGGGAUAGCCAUCAUCAGGUCUGUGGCAACACCAGGGCCAGCGAAAUGAGUGCCAAGCACUUGCACCCCGCAGCCGGCAGCAUUCGCACUGCGAUGGCCACGCGAUCCCCUCCCACGCCCACCUCGUCAGCCCAUCUGCAGGCGGCGGCGGCAGCAGCGGCAGCGGCAGCGGCGGGUGCCCGUGAGGCAAUUGUUGCGGCCAGUGUGGGUCCGAGUGGUGGCAGCGGUGGCCCAGGCGGCGGAGGAUCUGGCGGUGGAGGCAGUGCGGCGGCUGCGGCUGUGGCUGCUGCCACGCCCAGUGCCUUGGUGGCGAACGGAUUGGGCUCCAAAUGACGCAUUCGCAUGAUGAAACCCAAAAAGAAGUACUUGUGCUAGUCAAAUUAUAAGAGGGGGAAAGGGGAGAGGUCAGAGGUCGGAGGUCGCACACACCAAUACAUAAUUAUGCAGUUAUCCAAAACAUUAAACAAAAAAAGAAGAAUUAAAAUGUCAGCAAAUAGAUUUCUAAACUCAAUUAAAAAGAAAAAGAAAUACACGAAGUAGGAGACGCUUCAGCAACAGAGCUCAAAACGUAGAUACAGAUACAUAAUUACAUACAUAGAUACAUACAUAGUUAUGUAUUUGCAUUUUUCACAAUUUAAAUGUUUUAUGCAGCCAACAAUUAGUGUAGUUUUUGAGAGGGAAGUGUAGCUGGUGGAACCUCUAGAAGAAUUUAUAUAAAGGGAAUCGCAAAAGGGUAAUCUGCCAAUCAAAAGUUCUCACACUUCUCACACAUCUAAUGCACGUUUAGGAGGAAUAAUUAUCAAGCCCAAAGGAGGAAGAAUAAUCCUAAAUACUUAUUAUAAUAGACAAUGAAUGUGUGUGCGCACUCGUAUUAAAUGUUUAUCCACAAACUCACUCACACACACGGCAACGCUCACAGCAGUUGCAUAAUAAAUCAGAAAUAAAAUACAAACUUGUAGAUCUGUAAGUAAACUUCUUGGGCGUAAACGCAGAGCCCCCAGAGCAAGUAAACAAACUGAACAUAGUAGAUUUUAUUAUUAUUGUAGUAAACUUAAAAAUAAAGUACGAGUAUAUUAUUAUUAUU